CUGUUCCCUUAGAUAGUUUUGGUAUGAUUCAGUGAAAAUGGGCUGAAAGGAGACAGAACCUGAAAUGCUUCCAACUCGUUUUUUCCCAUCUUGACUCUCCUUGAAGUAUGUGAAUUAGUGUGAGAAAGUGUCUGUAGCUCCCACCGGGUCAAAUGGAGGUUGAGAUAAAAAUACUCGUCUCUGUGUGUAUUGUAAUAUUGAUCGUCGUGUGGUAAAUAAUUCCUUGGCAGCAGGAUUGCCAAGUCUGAUGUUUUACACUUCAUUUGUGAGUUCUGGUGCAAUCUUGCUUCUGGCUCUGUGCUCGGACCUGCUUUUUUGUUCUUUGAUGGAUAUCUGCUUCAUUACUUCCUUUUGACCAGCCUUUCCUUUCUGAUAAACAGUCAUCCUUUGGAUUGGUGUAGCUGCUUGGAGCUCCCUGGGUCUGUUAGUCACAGCUAUUCUCUUUUUGUUGUGACAAUUUAAUAAAUGAAUGGUCUCCAUGAAGACCCAUUCCUGUUUCUCACCUCUCCUGGGAUGGGUGUGCAUCAAUUCACUCCAAAACAAAGAUUGCUUCCCAGUCAUUUUCUUUGAAUUUCUUUGUUUUUAUCUGUUCCAUUGUACUCGUCUUUACAUAGUGUUACCCAACACAGUCAUUCCUGUCACUUGGGGACCUCCUUCUUUAGGCAUUCAUGUUUUCCAAAGCGGACUAGGAAGUUUUCUGUUAAAGGCAGUGCGGCCCUUUCACAGACCUGGGGGCGGUUCUGAGCUCAGGACUUUGUGCCCUAAAUUGCUGGUUAACUGUGGAGGCAAUGAGGAGACCGAGUCCUGGUUUCUGCCUCUGAAGCUGAAUGAAGCUGGCAUGUGGUAAAGCAAAGCACUGUCGGCUCAGAUGUGUUUUCUUAACAUGGAACCAACCAGCCUUGCACAAAUACCGUGGUUUUCUUUCACAACAGCGCAGCGAGGCCGGCGGAGCUGUCAGAAGGUCUGUGGGCCAAAUGUCGACAUUCGCAAUGAUAUCCACGAGCUGAAGCGCCUGGAGAACUGCACGGUGAUCGAGGGCUUCCUGCAGAUCCUGCUCAUCUCCAAAGCCGAGGAUUACCGCAACUUCCGCUUCCCAAAGCUCACUGUCAUCACUGACUAUCUGCUGCUGUUCCGUGUGGCAGGCUUGGAAAGCCUCAGUGAUCUCUUCCCCAACCUCACAGUCAUUCGUGGCAGGAACCUCUUCUACAACUAUGCCUUGGUUAUCUUUGAAAUGACAAAUCUUAAAGAGAUUGGGCUGCACAACUUGAGGAACAUCACCCGCGGGGCCAUCCGGAUCGAGAAGAACUCUGACCUGUGUUACCUCUCCACGGUGGACUGGUCUCUCAUCCUAGAUGCAGUGUCCAAUAACUACAUUGUUGGGAAUAAACCUCCAAAGGAGUGUGGGGACUUGUGUCCGGGAACAAUGGAGGAGAAGCCAUUGUGUGAGAAGACAUCUAUUAACAAUGAGUACAACUACCGCUGCUGGACCACCAACCACUGCCAGAAAAUGUGCCCCAGCUCGUGUGGGAAGCGAGCCUGCACUGACCAAAACGAGUGCUGCCACCCCGAGUGCCUGGGGAGCUGCACGGCGCCCGACAACAACACGGCGUGCGUGGCCUGCCGCAACUACUACUACGAGGGCGUGUGCCUGCCCACCUGUCCCCCCAACACCUACAAGUUCGAGGGCUGGCGCUGUGUCACCAGAGAGUUCUGCUCCAAAGUCCCCGCCACGGACGCCAGCGAGUACGAGAAGUUCGUGAUCCACAACGACGAGUGCAUGGCCGAGUGUCCCUCGGGCUUCAUCCGCAACGGGAGCCAAAGCAUGUUCUGCAGCCCUUGUGAGGGGCCUUGCCCCAAAAUCUGUGAGGAUGGGAAAACAAAGACCAUUGACUCGGUCACAUCAGCACAAAUGUUGCAGGGAUGCACAAUUCUCAAGGGAAAUCUGCUGAUCAACAUCCGGCGUGGAAAUAACAUUGCCUCAGAACUGGAGAAUUUUAUGGGUCUGAUUGAGACAGUAACGGGGUAUGUGAAGAUUCGUCAUUCCCAUGCAUUGGUCUCCCUGUCUUUCCUGAAGAACCUGAGGUACAUUCUGGGAGAGGAGCAGGUGGAUGGGAAUUAUUCCUUCUACGUGCUCGACAACCACAACCUUCAGCAGCUCUGGGACUGGAACCAUCAUAACUUGACAAUCAGUGAGGGGAAAAUGUACUUUGCAUUUAAUCCUAAACUCUGUGUUUCCGAGAUUUACCGUAUGGAGGAAGUUUCAGGAACCAAGGGAAGACAGAGCAAAGGAGAUAUAAAUCCAAGGAACAAUGGGGAGAGAGCCUCUUGUGAAAGCAAAAUUCUGCAUUUUGUUUCCAACACGACACUCAAGAAUCGGAUUAAACUGACAUGGGAGCGGUACCGCCCUCCAGAUUACAGAGACCUCAUUAGCUUCACUGUUUACUACAAAGAGGCACCAUUCAAAAAUGUGACAGAGUAUGAUGGGCAAGAUGCUUGUGGCUCAAAUAGCUGGAACAUGGUUGAUGUUGACCUGCCACCAAACAAAGAGAACAAUCCUGGAAUUCUGCUGCAGGGAUUGAAACCUUGGACUCAAUAUGCCAUUUAUGUCAAGGCUGUUACCCUCACAAUGAUGGAAAAUCAUCAUAUUCAUGGAGCAAAAAGUGAAAUUAUCUAUAUUCGAACCAAUGCUGCAGUGCCAUCCAUUCCCUUGGAUGUUAUUUCAGCAUCCAACUCCUCAUCCCAGCUGAUUGUGAAAUGGAAUCCUCCUUCUCUUCCCAACGGGAACCUCUCCUACUACAUCGUGCGCUGGCAGCAGCAGCCUCAGGACAGUUACCUGUACAGACACAACUACUGCUCCAAAGAUAAAGUCCCAAUUCGAAGAUAUGCUGAUGGGACCAUUGAUACAGAAGAAGCCACUGAGCCCACCAAGCCAGAGGGCUGUGGGGGAGAAAAAGGACCUUGCUGUGCUUGUCCCAAGACAGAGGCAGAAAAGCAAGCGGAGAAGGAGGAAGCAGAGUACCGGAAAGUCUUUGAGAACUUCCUUCAUAACUCCAUCUUUGUCCCCAGGCCCGACCGGAAGCGCAGGGACGUGUUCCGAAUCGCCAACGCCACCUUGGCCACUCGGAGCAGGAACGCCACCGGGACCGACCACUUCACCAACGCCUCUGACACGGAGGAGAGCGAGGUGGAAUAUCCCUUCUUUGAGACCAAGGUGGAUGGCAAGGAGAGAACCGUGAUCUCCCAUCUCCAGCCUUUCACUCUUUACCGCAUCGACAUCCACAGCUGCAACCACGAGGCCGACACGCUGGGCUGCAGCGCGUCCAACUUCGUGUUUGCCAGAACCAUGCCCUCAGAGGGAGCAGAUAACAUUCCAGGAACAGUAUCAUGGGAAGCAAAAGAGGAAAAUACUGUCUACCUGAAGUGGUUGGAGCCUGCAAAUCCAAAUGGGCUGAUCCUGAUGUAUGAAAUCAAAUAUGGGCAGCAUGGCGAGGAGAAGCGGGAAUGUGUUUCCAGACAGGAAUACAAGAAGCUUGGAGGAGCUAAACUAACUCACCUGAACCCUGGAAACUAUUCAGCCAGAGUUCAGGCCACUUCCUUAGCUGGGAAUGGGUCCUGGACUGAGCCCAUCUCUUUCUAUGUGCAGCCCAAAUCAGCAAACUAUGGAAACUUCCUGCACUUGGUAAUUGUGCUCCCUAUUGCUCUGCUGCUCAUCCUUGGGGGAUUGCUGAUAAUGCUCUAUGUCUUUAACAAAAAGAGGAACAGUGACAGACUGGGCAAUGGAGUACUUUAUGCUUCUGUGAACCCCGAGUAUUUCAGUGCCUCAGAUGUGUAUGUUCCAGACGAGUGGGAGGUGCCCCGGGAGAAGAUCACCAUGUGUCGGGAGCUUGGGCAAGGCUCCUUUGGGAUGGUGUACGAGGGAAUAGCCAAGGGAGUGGUGAAGGAUGAGCCAGAGACCAGGGUGGCCAUCAAGACGGUCAAUGAGUCGGCGAGCAUGCGCGAGAGGAUCGAGUUCCUGAACGAGGCCUCGGUGAUGAAGGAGUUCAACUGUCACCAUGUGGUUCGGCUGCUUGGUGUUGUUUCUCAGGGCCAGCCUACACUGGUUAUCAUGGAGCUGAUGACACGUGGGGACCUCAAAAGUUACCUGAGAUCAUUGAGGCCAGACACAGAGAACAACCCUGGGCAGGCGCCCCCAACCCUGAAGAAGAUGAUCCAGAUGGCAGGAGAGAUCGCUGAUGGCAUGGCCUAUCUCAACGCCAACAAGUUCGUGCACAGGGACCUCGCUGCCAGGAACUGCAUGGUGGCUGAGGACUUCACUGUCAAAAUUGGAGAUUUUGGCAUGACGAGGGAUAUCUACGAGACAGAUUAUUACCGGAAAGGAGGGAAGGGUUUGCUGCCUGUGCGCUGGAUGUCCCCGGAGUCGCUCAAAGAUGGAGUCUUCACAACACACUCCGACGUCUGGUCCUUCGGCGUGGUGCUGUGGGAGAUCGCGACGCUGGCGGAGCAGCCGUACCAGGGCAUGACCAACGAGCAGGUGCUGCGCUUCGUCAUGGAAGGGGGGCUGCUGGAGAAGCCCGACAAUUGUCCCGACAUGCUGUUCGAACUGAUGCGCAUGUGCUGGCAGUACAACCCGAAGAUGAGACCCUCCUUCCUGGAGAUCAUCGGUAGCAUCAAAGACGAGCUGGACCCAGCCUUCAAAGAGGUCUCCUUCUUCUACAGUGAAGAGAACAAGCCUCCGGACACAGAGGAGCUUGACCUGGAGACUGAAAACAUGGAGAGCAUUCCUUUAGACCCCUCCUCCACCCUGCAACCCACUGACAAGCACUCAGGACACAAGGCUGAGAAUGGCCCUGGCGUGGUGGUGCUGCGGGCCAGCUUCGAGGAGCGCCAGCCGUACGCGCACAUGAACGGGGGCCGCAAGAACGAGAGGGCCCUGCCGCUGCCCCAGUCCUCGGCCUGCUGAUCUCGGAGCCAGAGCCUCGCAGAAACAAAACACAAACACAGGCAUUGGGGGAAGAAAGAAAGAAAAUCACAAUAUAUUCAAAAGCCUACUGUACCUCAGUGGAUCUUCAGAACUGCCAUAGCUGCACUUGGGAGAACCCUUUUUUCAGUAAACAAGUUGCCGUCUUUUUCUUUUUUUUUUCAAUAUGCAAGCAGAUGUUUGUUUCAGUCAAGGACUCCAGUCAUGGGGCACACAGUUGGCCUUUUAAAACUCUUAAUGUUAACACUUAAUAGCAACAGAAAACUUGAGAUCUGAUGUCUCUCUCUCCUCUCUCCUCUCUCUUCUUUCUCUUUCUUUCUGUCUCUCUUUUUGCUUCAUAAUGGGAAACAUAUCUGCGUGCAAGUUCAACCGUACAGCACUUUUAUCAGAUCAAAGAUAUUGCAGGCCAGGUGGUUCCCGGUACCCCUGCAAGCACCUGCCUAACACUGUAGGUCUUUAUAAAAAAAAACAUAAACAAACAAAAAAAAACACAAACAAAAAAAACCACACACAAAAAACCCUAAACUAAAAAAGACUGGAUUUUUAAUGUUGCUCUUUAAUCUUUUUAGGAACAUGUAAAAGAAUAAAAAAGGGCCAUCAUUCGUCCAAGGCUGUUACCAUUUUCAACGCUGCCAAAUUUUGCCAAAAAAAAAAAAAAAAAAAAAA